AUGUCUUUCUCCCGUUCUGGGCGCCUUGCGCGUCUCUCCCUGAGGAGUGUUUGUUCUCCCAUUGUCACCGCCUCCUCUCGUGCGUUCGUUGCCAGGUCAGCUCCUCUCGUGCGGGGACUAUCUACUGUAAGUCGAGAUGCGCAACAGAAGCUUCUGUCAUCAUCCCUUGAGGAAUCUGACCCUACGAUCUUUAAUAUCUUGGAGAAGGAAAAAAGCCGCCAAAAGCACUUUAUCAACUUGAUUCCCUCAGAGAACUUCACCUCGCAAGCGGUCCUCGAUGCUCUCGGCAGUGUGAUGCAAAAUAAAUACUCCGAGGGAUACCCAGGAGCCCGUUACUAUGGUGGCAACGAGCACAUUGAUGCCUCAGAGCGCUUAUGCCAACAGCGCGCCCUAGAGACUUUCCGUUUGAACCCCGAGGAGUGGGGUGUUAAUGUACAGACUCUGUCUGGCUCACCCGCUAAUCUCUGCGCCUACUCCGCUGUCCUCAACACUCAUGACCGCCUCAUGGGCCUUGAUCUACCCCACGGCGGCCACUUGUCGCACGGAUACCAGUCCCCGACCAAGAAGAUCUCCGCAAUCUCGAAGUACUUCGAAACUCUGCCCUACCGUCUGGAUGAGUCGACCGGCCUGAUCGACUAUGAUGGACUGGAGAAGAUGGCUAACACAUACCGCCCCAAGUUGAUCGUGGCUGGAGCCUCUGCCUAUAGUCGCCUGAUUGACUAUCCGCGCAUGCGUGCCAUUGCUGACUCUAUUGGCGCCUAUCUGUUGACCGAUAUGGCUCACAUUUCAGGUUUGGUCGCUGCCGAUGUCAUGCCCUCCCCCUUCCCUUAUUCCGAUAUUGUGACUACUACCACCCACAAGUCUCUGCGUGGCCCUCGUGGAGCCAUGAUCUUCUACCGCAAAGGCUUGCGUCGCACCGAUAAGAAGGGCAACAAGGAGAUGUACGACUUGGAGAACCCAAUCAAUGCCUCUGUCUUCCCCGGCCACCAGGGUGGCCCGCACAACCACACUAUCACCGCGCUAGCCGUGGCACUCAAACAAGCGCAGUCUCCAGAGUUCCACGAGUACCAAAAGACAGUACUAGCCAACUGCCAAGCGCUCUCCGAGCGUCUAGGCGAGUCCACCAGUAACGGCGGCCUCGGCUACAACAUCGUUUCUGGCGGCACAGACAAUCACCUGGUGCUGGUAGAUCUUAAGAACCGCGGCGUGGACGGCGCCCGCGUCGAGCGUGUACUAGAACUGUGCGGUGUAGCCAGCAACAAGAACACCGUGCCAGGUGACAAGUCUGCCCUAAAGCCCGGCGGUCUGCGCCUUGGCACACCCGCCAUGACAUCGCGUGGCUUCCAACCCGAAGAUUUCCGUCGCGUGGCCGAGAUUGUCGACCGCGUGGUGAUACUGACGCAAAGGCUAGACAAGGCUGCACGUGAACAAGCCCAGACUCGCGGUGCCAAGAAUCCUGGUACUUUAAAGGCAUUCUUCGAGUACUUGGGUGAGGGUGAAGAGAUCUCUGAGAUUGUAACGUUGCGGCAAGAGGUUGAGGACUGGGUUGGCACGUUUAGCUUGCCCUGGGCUAAGGACCAGUAG